ACAACAGACUGGUAGAACUUGUGAAGGAGAGGCCUGCAUACUCCAAACGACCUCAGUCUCCUCAGGAAGUAAAGGCAACUCUGGCCCUUCUUGUACACAGCUUCUGGGUUGGUGCGCCACACAAGUCUGUCAUCUAGGUGCACCCAGGUCCUCACCACAUCUAUGUCCUCACAGGGAGCAGUGCAGGCUUAGUCUUCCUAAAGUCCAUCACCUUUGCCAUUGUCUUAGUGAUGUUAAGCUGCAGAUGAUACAGCUUGCACCAUUUGACAAAGUCCUCCACAGGGCCUUGUAUUCGUCCUCCCUUUAUACACCCAACUAUUGCUGAGUCGUCAGAAUUUCUGCAGAUGACAUGACUUAGUGUGGUGUCUAAAGUCUGAAGUAUACAGGGUAAACAGGAAGGGAGCCAAUACAGUCCUCUGUGGGGCCCCAGUGCUGCUUAUAACCAGGUCUGACUCUGACACACAGCUCUGAAGCCUGUGAUGAUGUGUGAUUAUUUGAGUUAUUAUCGCUGUCAUGUCAGCUUGAACCAGUCUGGCCCUUGUCCUCUGACCACACCCAUUAACAAGGCGUUUUCACCCACAGAACUGCUGCUUACUGGAUAUGUUUUUUGUUGUUCCUCUUGUUCUUUGUUGUUCUAGAGAUUGCUGAGCAUGAAAAUCCCAGGAGAUCAGCAGUUUCUGAGAUAUUCAAACCAAUCCAUCUGGUACCAACCAUCAUUCCAGUCAAGAUUACUUAAAUCACACUUCUUCCCUGUUCUGGUGUUUGGUCUGAACAACAACUGAACCUCCUGACCAUGUGCUUGUAGGGAUGCAGUUCCUUGGCCACUUGGUAGAGACAUGGAACACUGUGACCAAUCUCUUCGCCAAUCCUUACCGUGUGCGGGAGGUCCCAUUGUCUGAGUAUGCAGCUUACGACCGAGUUAUGGAUGAUAGCCGAGUGGUACUUUACCAUACAAUGCAGUCCUGGGAUUGCUUGCUCAUCAAUCCCAGCAUACCUCAGACUGCCUUCAGGUUGUUCCAGGUAAGCUCAGAAGUGGAGGCAAGAACUGUCUUUUUACAGUUUGCACAGAAGAUGAGGCCGUUCUAUGAAGUAGCUCCGGGCUUGCUGAAACUUGACACUGUGCAACAGCUGACUGACUGUCUGCGAAGCCACCCAGACUGGCCCUUGGCCCACAUUGCUGUGGAGAUGGGCAUGAAGGAGAGCUUCCGCCACAAUCACAUAAUGAGCUGCAUCAACGACACAGAAAGUCAAGAGGGCAUGACUCCUCUACAUCUGGCUUGCAAGAAGGGGGAUGUAGACUGCAUUCGGGAGCUUGUGGAAGGAUGUGGAGCUCGCUUGGACAUUGCAGAUAAGAACAGGGAGACAGUCUAUCACUAUGCUGCUAAGCAGUCAAAUUGUCAAAUCAUUGAGUUGUUAAGUAAACAGCGUUCUAUUGGAGUGAAUCACUUGAGCAACAGCGGCGAAACGCCACUUCAUAUCGCUUGUCGACUGGGCAAAGCUGAUGUAGCCAAGUCCUUACUCCAGUGCCAAGCUAGCUGUAACAUUGUUGGAUCGCAUGGUUAUCCAAUCCAUACAUCCAUGAAGUUCAUUCAGAUUGGAUGUGCUGAGGCUAUUCUUGAGAGGGACCCAAACCAGAUCCGUAGUGAAGACCCUCAUUAUGGUGGGACACCUCUUCACUGGGCCAAGAAAGCAGAGAUGAUCCGGCUGCUGAUUAAUCAUGGAUGUAGCGUGAACUACCUGAGUAAAACUGGAGAGACGGCACUGCACAUCAUGGUGAAGCGUAAGCGUUUUGAGUGUGCUUUGGCACUGUUGGUGCAUGGAGCUGAUCCAAAUGUGAAGGGAGAAAAUGGGAAUACACCUCUUCAUCUUGCCAUGAAGCUUGACAGCUUGGAUCUCAUCAAAGCUUUAAUUGUGUUUGGCGCUGAUGUGAAAUUGCCCAAUGAUUUCGGGGAGACACCUGGAUUAAUUGCUGCUCGGCACAGUAAAGGCAAUAACCGGAAGGUGAUGCUGAGCCUACUGUAUAGUAUAGGGGUUGAAUGCUGUUAUCCGCCUUCUGACUCCCCCACAUCGCCAUCUAGACACCCUGCAAGACCAGCCCCUGUGAGAGGAAACACUGGAUUAGGAUUUGAUGAUAUUGUAGGGAUUGCCACUGUACUUGGAUCCUUAUCGAAAGGAAUGGAUAUUCCAGAUGGACAUAGGCAUCUGCGAUAUGAUCGGUUGCUCUGCCUGGAUGGGGGAGGGAUCCGAGGUCUCGUCCUAAUUCAGCUGCUAAUCGCCAUUGAGCAAACAGCGGGCCGACCCAUUCGAGAGCUCUUUGAUUGGAUAUCAGGCACCAGCACUGGAGGAAUUCUGGCUCUUGCCAUUGUUCAUGGAAAAUCCAUGCAAUACCUGCGCUGCCUUUACUUCCGAAUGAAAGAUGAGGUUUUUAAAGGAUCCAGGCCAUUCUCAUCAGUUCCACUCGAGGAGUUUUUAAAGAAGGAAUUUGGGGAAAAUACCAAAAUGACAGAUGUUAUAAAACCCAAAGUCAUGGUGACUGGAACCCUGUCAGACCGACACCCUGCCGAACUCCAUCUGUUUCGUAACUAUGACCCACCUGAGCUGCAGCGUGACCCACCGUACCAGCGGACUGCGGAGUUCCAGACUCUCACACAGCCUAAAGACCAGCUGGUGUGGCGAGCAGCUCGAAGCAGUGGAGCAGCCCCGACCUACUUCCGACCAAUGGGCCGCUUCCUAGAUGGGGGGCUGCUCUCAAAUAAUCCAACACUGGACGCCUUGACUGAAAUUCAUGAAUACAAUCAGAAUCUGAAAAGAAAGGGUAGGGAGAAUCAGGUGAAGAGACUUGGUAUCGUGGUUUCACUUGGGACAGGAAAACCACCGCAGGUACCAGUGUCCUCAGUUGAUGUCUUCCGUCCUUCCAAUCCCUGGGAACUGGCUAAAACGGUCUUUGGUGCCCGGGAGCUGGGCAAGAUGGUGGUUGACUGUUGCACUGAUUCUGAUGGCCGAGCAGUGGAUCGAGCCAAAGCUUGGUGUGAAAUGGUGGACAUUCCAUACUUCAGGUUGAACUCUCAGUUGAAGACAGAUGUGAUGCUGGAUGAAAUUGAUAAUACUAUUUUAGUUAAUAUGCUUUGGGAUACGCAAAUCUACAUCCAUCAAGAGGGGGACAGAAUCCAAGAACUUGCCCAUCUUCUGUUAAGUGCUUGAUUAGUGUGGAAGGAAGACUGAUCAACCACUGGAAGAUAUUUGAGCCGAAUGAAUUUUUGCCACACAUUUAAUGUUUAAUUUAAUUAUUUUUUACUUGUGAUGACUAGAACUAAAUAAUGGUACAUUACAAAGUUUUAACCCAGCAAAAAUUCACAAUGCCUAAUACUUUUGUGUCUUGUGUAAAUAAAAUCAAGGAGAAACAAAGAGAUCCCAGUCAUGAGUGUAUUCAGCUACGAAUCUCAUAACCAUGCUUUUCUCUUUAGUGAUGCACUAGACUAGCUGAGUGUUGAGUGUUUCCAAUUAAUGAGGGGUUCGCUGUUGAGUAGAGGAAACCAGGAUCCAGUUUGACAGGCAGAUGGUCCACGCAAACUUACCAGAAUGUGUCUGGGGUACAAAAUUAAAUUAUUUUGCAUCAUACUUAGAGGGAUAUUUGAUCUUGGAGGUGGUGCAUAAUAAUUUAAUACUGUGAAUGUAUAGGUUAAGUAACAAGAAUAACCUCAAAACCUGGCUUACAGAAUUGAUUAAAGAAAGUUGAUAUAAAAAUUAUGUAUGUUAUUUCAAGGCAUUUGGUUGGAGGUACAAAGUUCAUUUCGUUGGGGUAGGGAAUCUUUAAUUUUGAAGCUGUGUUUUGCAUCUUUAGGUGCGGGGUGAAUACUUUUGCUAGGCGUGAAGAGCAAAACCAGUGGCUGUCAAUAUUAUAUGCCUGGAAAUGAUGUAGGAAAAUUAGAGGAAAGCCUUUGAUUGACUGACAACAUUUUUCUGUGGUUGAGAAUUUCACGUCAUUGCUGUCUGGGAGAAGAAAUUUCUCCUCAUCUUGGUCUUAAAUGGCUUAUACAAUGUCCUUGGACUUGUGAUUCUCCUUACCAAAUCAGCUGGAAACUCUUUGGAUUUUUGAUGGAAGGAAGGUCUGAGAGUCAACUGCAUUUGACCAGAUUGUGUAUCGUGUCCGUUGAUAGUAUGUGGAUAAUGGGUUAAUGUAAUUUUUUCUAUUACAAACUUUAAAAUAUUUUAAACAUAACUAAUUGUAGUCAUGGAGAAUUAUGCAUUUUGUUAUGCCUAAUUAUAUUCCUUUCAGUUUUGUCUUAAUAUUCUUGCCGAGCCUGUUAGUUCUUCAGCUGGGAAAGAGAGUUAAUAUAAUUAAAAACCAAAGUGUCCCUAAUACAUGCUCAUUAAGGGAAAUACCAUUUAAAAUAUUUAUACCCUUCUGUCUUUGAAGUUUGGCAUUGCUUCAGAUGUCUGAUUACGUGAUGUUAACGUUUGCAAGUUGCUUAAAAAAACACAAUUGCCCUUAUCAGACUGGGUGGACAAGAUCAAUUUGUAGACCAAUCCAGGUAUAAUUAGUUAAUUGUUCAAUGGGUUAAUGGGAAAACAAACAAUACUUUGCUCAGUCUGAACCUACAUUCAAACAAAAUAAAUGUGGAAGGCAGAUGCAGGUGUGAGAAUAAUGUUGUGUUCUUAAUUACAAGGAGAACAUGGAGCUGGUCGUGUGCUUUAGUGUUCUCCACCUCUUCGAAUAUAGUUAAAACCUCAAUAUGAUGAACAGUUAGCUCAUCUCUAUAAUGCAGGCAGUAAUAUUCCAUACACACUUUAUAGAACACAAAUAAGCUCUGGUGUUUUGUAGUUUCAUAGAGUUAUACAGAUUAAGACAGACCUUUCAGACAUACUUUCCUGAUGGUUAUAUAUAUUAUAAUCAUGAUUAAGCAUUAUUAGUUCUAAAGCAAAUUGGAGUUUGUUGACAUAGUGGCACAGAUCUUUAUUCUAAAGGCCUUGAAAGAAAAGAUGGUAUGUUGCCUUAAAAACAUGUAAACUUGAUACACUGCAUAGACAUGUUUUAAAUUUAUGUUUAUUCAAAUUGAUGAACUGACAGCCUUAUAUGAUUUUCAUGUAUUUAAUUGCGAUGCACUUUGUUUUGUAAAUGCUGCUGUACUGUGUUGCGUGAAACGAGCCAACAAACUGUACUGUCAUAUUUCCUUUAAAUGAUGCAGAGAAGGUGGUUCAAACUGGAUUGCAGAAACUCUCUGUUCUGUUAUCUAUGUUUAUGAAACUAACUAUUUGCACUAAUAGUAUAUGAUGUAAUUAGAAUAAAGAAUAAAUGAAUAUAACCAAACAAGAUAAACAUUAUAUGAAUAAGUGAGCCUUAACUUAGGAGUAAAGGAGUACAGUGAUUCCAGUGAUGUACUUUGUGUCAUAAUCAUAUUCUUGUUAUAAUAAAAAUGAGGCAAUAAAACUCUGUAGAGCAAACUCAUCCUUUGCCCUUUCUCUACAGUUAUCCUCUCCCCAGUGUCUCUACUGAGAGCUUGAACUAACUGUUUCCUUGCCAUUCCCAGUGGUGAGGUCAGAUCAUUUUCAGAAAUUCCUUUUGAUCAAAAUGUCAAACCUACAGUACUGAGCAAAAGUCUUGGGCACACAUGUAUAGUUAGGGUACCUAAGACUUUUUGCACAGUACUGUUAUAAUUUUAUGUAUUGCACGGUACUGCUGCAAAAACAAAUAAAUUUCAUGGCAUAUGUGAGUGAUGAUGAACCUGAUUCUGAUAUGGGCCUCUAAUGUGGUCUGAGUGUGGAAGGGGGACAGGGAGAGGGAAAUUGUGGUUGGGAAAAGAGGAAGAUAGAGGGGAGGGAGUGGGAAGCACCAGAGAGACAUUCUGUAAUGAUCAAUAAACCAAUUGUUUGGAAUUAAAUGACGUUGCCUGGUGUCUCAGGGCAGGGCGAGUCUGCACCAGCACCACACCGCACCCCCUUGGCACUCCCCUGCCUUGCCACCUGUCCCACACCUCUCUUGUGGCACUCCACCCUCACCAUUCUCAACCUCCUGUGCUCCCACCAGAUUUACAAGCUCGCUCUCGUCUCCACACUGACAAAUACAGUACUGUGCAAAAGGUCUUGGGCACCCUGGCUUCAUAAAUGUGCCUGAGACCUUUGCCUAGUACUGUACAUACUCCUGGCUUUUGACCACCAGUAACAAGAGCACUUCCAAUUUUUUCACCAACAAACAGAAUGCUGAAGGAACUCAUCAGGGCAGGCAGCAUCUGUGGGGGGAAGUGGAUAUGUAAUGUUUUGGGUCAAGACCAUUCAUUUGGAUUCCAUCUAUCAUCCACCAUUCCAUUACCUCCAGCCUCUCGUCAUUUUUCACAUCUCAGCCAGUCCUGACCUGUCCGCUUCUAUUGAAUCCCGCCCCAACCCUCUACUAAGAGAACAUUAGACUAACUGUGUAACUGAAUUCUUUCAUCCAUUCCAGUAAAUCUUUUCUCUGUCCUCUCAUCUAAAAUAUGAAUCAGAAUCAAGUUUAUUACUACUGAGAUAUGUUGUGAAACUUGUUAUGAGGCAGUAGUACAUUGCAAUACAUAAAGAUGCUAUAAAUUACAGUAAGAAAUAAAUUUUAUAGUAGCACAAAAAGAGAGUAAAAUAGUGCAGCGGUGUUCAUGGGUUCAUUGUCUGUUCAGAAAUCUGAUGGGGGAGUUCAAGAAGCUGUUUCUGAAAUGUUGAGAUUGUGUCUUCAGGCUCCUGUACCUCCUCUCUGAUAGUAGCAAUGAGAAGAACAUGAUUUCUGAAGUGUCACGGGAUCAUUACUGAAAAAAAAAAUUGAUGCAAGUUUUAGGAGAGCAUUAUGAAUCUAGAUAUAAGGUUAAGAACUUGGUUUAGGGAGCAUAGCAGUUAGAGCAACCACCUUACAGCGCUAGUGAUCAUCAAGCAGAGUUUGAUUCCCACCACUGUCUAAGGACAUUCUCCCCAUGACUGUGGAUUUUCUUCGAGUGCUCCAGUUUCCUCCCUCAUUCCAAAGAUGUACAGGUUAGGGUUUGUGAGUUGUGGGCAUGCUCUGUUGGAACCAGAAGCAGAGUGACUAGCCUGUCCAACACAAUUCGCGAUGAUUUGAUGCGAUGCAGAAUUGAGUAUUCCAUUCACACCUUUGUAAUCCAGCUGAGAGUCACCAGUUUAAUGCUUUAUCAAAAAGUUCAAAGUAAAUUUAUUAUCCAAGUAUGUAUGGUAUAUACAACCUUGAAAUUCAUUUCCUUGCAGGCACCCGUAGGAAAACAGAAAUACAAUAGAAUCCAACUCCAACAAGUUCCUUCACUGUUCAGUAAUAUUGUUAUGGAUUGUUUUCUUUAUGAUUUACUGUAUUAAUUCCUAAUAUAAAAUGUUACACUUUAUUUUAAAUGGAAUAAAACCAU